GUGUAGUCGGACGGAUCGUCGGAAUUUACAUAAAUUACGAACGGCCCCCUAUAAUUUGAGCGACGUCGGCGAUUCCCAACGUCACGUACGUAAAAUCAAGGUAUACAUUUAUUUUUUUUUAUAAUUUUUACCUGACGUAAUUGCGGACAGGCAGUCACGACAUCCAGUCCGUAAGUCCCGCCCCUCGCAGCGUGCCGGCCUACGGAGCCGCCAAACCGGCCCGGGAUUGGCCCGCCACGCCACCACGUGACCGGCCGUCGUCCUCCUCGAACUGGGAAAGAAACAAAAACAACCAUCACUAACCUAACAGUAAGUACGGACAAACACGGAACGAGCGUUUCCUAUUUCUGUGAACCGCACGCGAGGCAGUUUCGUUUGACAGUUUUACCCGAACCACAGAAUCGCGUCGCGUGAUGGUCCUUCGAGCCGGAUGGUGUUGAGUGAUUGUGGUGCGCUUUGUGGUAUGUCGCUCGACGGUCAAUGAGGAUAAAACAUCCUCUCCGGAUGCCUACUGGACACUUGGAAGAGGACGAUUUCGUGGUGGUAAAGACGAGGUCCACCACGCCUGAAGGCGCCGCGACGGCCGGAAACACCGGUUUCUGGUUGUCGGGGGCGCCUCAUCCUGGCUUGCCCAUGGACGGGACGGGGUGCAAUGAGACGGGGUUCAUCAACAGUCAGCCCUCGAUGGCGGAAUUUAUGACUGCCUUGCCUCAUAUCUCUGGCGAGAUGGCACAUGGCAACCCUGGCAUGAGUCCGGAUCAUACUCCUCCUGGAAGUGGUUAUGGCAUGGAGGUACCGCAUGGUAUGGGUUCUCCUGGUGUUAAUGUACCUGAGUAUCCUUGGAUGAAGGAGAAGAAGACCACUAGGAAAAAUAGUCAGCAAGAAAAUGGCUUGCCCCGUCGACUUCGAACGGCAUACACGAAUACCCAAUUACUGGAACUAGAAAAAGAAUUCCACUUUAACAAAUACCUUUGUAGACCUAGACGAAUAGAAAUAGCAGCAUCACUAGAUCUCACCGAAAGACAAGUAAAAGUAUGGUUCCAGAACCGACGAAUGAAACACAAACGUCAAACCUUGGGCAAACAGAGCGACGACAGAGACGACGAAGACUCCAUCAACAGCGACGGUGGUAAAAGCAGCAAGAUGUCUGGUGAGAAGUUCCUAGACGACGAACUCUCGAAAAAGAGCUGUCAAGGCUGUGAGAUGCCCCAGGUUGGAAACCUCUGCGGGACCCACGAUGACGUCCCCGACAUUGGCAUCACCAGAGGUACCAACAACAACACACCAAGUGCUACGAACAACAAUACAAACUUCAGUAACAAUAGUAACGGUGCUAGCAGUGUUGGUAGUUCUAGUUCUUUCGAUAAGUUGAUCGUCGAGGAAGAUUCUCAUUCCAACGAAGACCUUGGGGGCUCCCACCCGAGCCCUAGGGUAACCAAGAAGAGCAACGCGUCAGCAAAUGGUGCUUCCAGUACGGUUUCUGUUAAAGUCGAGGGUCGCAGUAGGAACUCGUCUUGCGAUAGGAAAAUAGGUCCUAGUAAAAUUUCGCCCGUUAUCAAGGACCCUUCGAACAUCUCGGAUCCGAUAGCCAUGAAGAUGUCUCCCAAAAAUUCUCUUCCAGGGACAACUGGCAUGAACACCAGCCCUAUGGGGAUGGCUCCCAUGAUGUACCCACAGAUGAGGAAAUCUUCACCAACCACAGCUACAGCGAUAGCUUCUGCUACCGUCACAAUCCAGAACGUACCUAACAACGUAUCUCCCUUUGCUUCUAGAGCAUCCCCACAAUUUCCUCAAUAUCACGUCAACCAAGGUGAUUAUAGAGCGGAAAGACAGAAGCAUAGUCAAAUGGGUUAUCAAAUGGCGCAUCCUCCAGUAUACGCCAGCGGGGACUUGUACAACCCGGAGCAUCCAGUAGUAAACGAUGGUUCUCAAACUUACGUCAGAGAUUCUGGUAGUACCGUUUCACCACCAAACAUGCCAACUGCAAGAACAUCGAGAAGCAGGCAGGCUUACGUCAACUACCAGCCGUAUUACUACAACAAGAACGGCCCGAACGUGGAGUCUUAUGCGAACUACACCCAUGGGUACCAACCAGAGCACGCUGCAUACAACCAUUACGGCUAUACAGGUACCAACAUGUACCCACAUGAUGGGAACCCAGGUCACAUGCCUGCGAAUGUUCAUAUGAACCACGACGCUACAGGCAACUACUAUCCUGGUGAAAACGUGCAGGGCAUGCAGAAGAUGCCUGGACAAGCUGAGUACCACCACGGUAAGACGAACUACUAUGAGAACAACGCUUACAAUCCCUCAAAUCAGAUUCCUCCGACACCAGAAGCUCCCUACAUACCACAAGAACCUUUUCCGGUGGCUGGAAACCAACCACCUAUCGUAAAUGCGAAUUCCAACGCACCAGUGGAAACCAACGAAGCCUACAACAGCUACCAUCAGUACUAUGGUACUGACGCAGGGCAUGCGCAUAACGCAGCACCUCAAACUAGUGGUACUCCUGGGGAGAAUAGCAAUAGCUCCUCGGAUUUCAAUUUUUUGAGCAGUCUGACCAACGAUUAUACCCCUGAAUAUUAUCAGAUUUGAUUCAGUGCAAUAGACAAUGAUAUUUACUGUUGACGAGUGUUUUGUUAAGUAAAUAAAAUUUACUGGUGAAGCUUGAAGGAGAAUGAUUUUAAAUUGUAAUUUCAUAGGUUCCGUGUGAAAUAUUUGUAGAUAUGAACAUCCUAUUAAGGAAUGUACAAAUAUAUCCAUAAUGUUUCUGGCAAGCUUUACUGGUGAAUUAAAAAAAUCAUUUGUGUUAUACAUUUUGUUUUGUAAUUUUGUAUAUAGGAGAGAUUCUUAAUCUAUAUGUUUUUUUCUAAAGCGACCUAUACAUAUGUUAGUUGUUUAUAGUAUGUCGAUAAGGAAUUUAAAUUUUAAUUGUUCAAUACUUAUUCGACAAUCCAUUCAAGUGUAUCUGAUUAGAUCAUCCAGUUUGAAGAAACGUUUUAUAAAUCGAACAUAGUUUUGUUGCUGCAUAGCUUAACGUUGCUGAUUUUAUAUUUCAUGUUUCUUUUCGACCUAUACUCACCGGUUACAGAUCUAGGACUAUUUCUACUUCGUACCUUCGCAUUGUAUUUGUCAAAGCUGGAAAGAUGAAAGUUGUUCGAUCUUGAUUCCUGCUUGGAUUCUUUUGUUGGAAAAUUUGUACACACUUAUUUAUUAUUUAUACGAUUUUUUCGUUAUAAUAUUAUUCUUGUAAAUGAAUGUAAAACUAGAGUGAUAGCGGUUUUUGUUAUUGUAAAUAGGCUGCCAAUUUUAAUUGAAUUUUAUGUACAGAAUUUUAGGCUCACAUUGGUUAUAUAUGAAGCAUUUCAAUUCGAUAAUAUCCGAAAUA